AUGCUUCCGCAAUCACCAACAAAGGAAGCUCUCAGUCUGGUGGUGGGAAGGGAUGAGGAGAUUCACACAUUUUCAUCAGCAACAUCAUGCCUACACAACAACGAAAACGUACUUUCAGAUUUCAAGGAGUCUUCUUCUCACGAAGAGUCGUUAAUGAGCCAAAUGAUGUCAGUUACAACCGCCAGUUCAACAACAUCAACGCAAAAGAUGUCAUCAACAACCUCUCCUACGUCCGUAACUGGAGAGUCAUCGUGCUCGUUGUGCUCCAUUUCAUCACUUCCUCUAUCGACAGGCUCUCAUUGGAGAGAAAGGCUUUUUCCAACACAUUUCAUACAAAAGAUAGCAAACUCAAGCAUUUCAAAUUUUAAGAGCAAUGAGGUACCAAAACUCUUCCCUACAUCGUAUGAGAAUUCGAACAAAGAAGUGACCUCGUCAAAAACUACCCUAGAGACUGAAUUACUCGAUUACUUGGCGCAAGAAUUGUCUUCAAUGAAUGACGAUGAAUUGGAGAGUAUAACUGUGCCAGAUGUGGUGGAUUAUUUAACUAGAGAUUUGAGAUAUUCAUCAAAAUUACAAAAGUGUUCACUCAUACACUUGGCUGCUCGUAACAAUAGAGUCGAGUUAUUGCAAUGGAUGAAGAGGUGUUGUUGUGAUAAAAAGUGUGUUUUAAAACCAAUUCCAAAAGUAAGCAUGACAUGUAGUGAUAAGAAAGAGCUACCAUCUUCGUCGCCUAUGUUUGAAUGUUCGUUCAAUCCAUUUAAGAGGCUUAGUAGAAACUUUGGAAGAAAUUUUAACAUCGCUACUCAACACGUAGAACAUGACGAUCAUCAAAACUCUCAACAUUCAAAAUCUUGUUUGGCUAGACAACAUCAACUGUGGUCUGUACAAGAUCAAAAUUUGGCAACACCAUUAUUUUACACAUGUUAUGAUUACUCAUCCGUUGAGGCUGCUGCUUUUUUAUUGAGUCAACCUACUGUGGCUAAACAAUUGAAUCAUCACCAUGACGAUCAUGGAAACCUUCCAAUUACUAUAGGAUUUAGAAAUAAGAAUUUCAAACUGUGUGAUUUACUUGUAUUAUUUGGAGCUAGGAUUGAUGUCACAUCAGGACUAUUAGGAGAGUCCUUGUUGCAUCGUGUGUGUAGAGAUGGAGAUAUUGACUCUGUGAAAUAUCUUGCUCAACAUUCUUCAAAGAUUAUUUUAAAGCGAAAUCAAAGAGAUGAAUGUGCUUUAUUUGCAUGUAUUACGGAUUUGAGAACAAAAGCUCCUUCCUCAUCUCCUACAGGUUUAUUUCUAAGCGUUAACCAAGCUGAUUCUCCUCUUUCGGCUCGAAAAGGAUCGAUAGUCGUAUCAGAAAAUUCAUGUAAUUUAUUACACAACAUUCUUAUUAACGGUGUGGAUCUGUUCGGAAAAGACAUAUUCGAAAAAGCUGUCCAAAUGAAAAACUCAUUUGGUCAAAAUUUACUCAUGAAGAGUAUUGUUUAUAACGACCUUGAGGCUAUGAAGGUCAUUUGCUUGGAUAUUUCCAACUAUUGCCAAUCAUUUGCGGCCAAGGAAUUGAAUUUAUCAAUGGACAGUAAUUCCUCAUCUGGAUCUAACGUUGAUAUGAAUACAAGUUUGUCAACAUCAACUGAGGAUUCAUCGAGAAAACGAAGUCAUACCUCUCCUAAAUUAAGAAUCCAUUCAAGAACUAAAUCUCAAGACAAAAAAGCGCUAUCUUUACAAAACAUCCUUAAAUCCAUUGUUUUUGAUAGUGAUAAGAAAGGAAAAACUAUCAUGAUACAGAUUGUGGAACUAGGAAUUACUAUUUAUCAAGAUAACACGCAGGAAGAAGCCGAAGCUUGGUUCGAUGGUUUUCAAUGGCUUUUGAUGUGGCUCUUUCAAAAUUUCAGCCUCACUCUCAAUAACAAAACGAAUGGAAUUUGGACACCUGAUUGUGGUCUUUCUGGAUUUUUUGAAGCUCGUGACAACCAAGGAAUCAGUGCUUAUAGCUUAAUAGUGGAUCAACAACCUGAAAAAGAACACAAUUACAUCGAGGAAAGUCCAAAAACCGAGGAUGAAUCUUCACUCUUCUGGCCUCGAGUUUUGGAAUGCAUUCACAAUGCAAUUGCUAAAUGGUCAGAAACAGAAAAAGUAAAAGAUGUUUCCCAAAGUUCAGUGGCAACAUCUGGCGCCACAGGCAACGACAUUCAUCAACCAAAGCCAAUACCGUUGUCACAAAAGAGUAAGAGUUUCAGAUACACUGAAGAAGCGUAUGACAUGUCUGGAAGUCGAAGUCGAAGCUUAUUUGCCUCUCGAUCAGAUUCAACAGACUCAAGUAGUGACAGCAAUUACCUGUUGGGCAAACUUAAAAAGAAAUUACAGAAAUCUCCAACUAUGUAA